AUGUGUUUGUCUGUAUUUGUUUCUAACAAAUUCUUGAAUAUUUUUUGCGAUAAACACGACGCAUCUUCAGUUUUGCAGUGGGCUGUGUGGGCUUUGUUUCUUUGGCCCUGCCUUCUUAUCGUAAGCAACCCACUAGACUGCAGAGAAGAUUCAGGCAGCCUCACUCACUGCCCCUCCAUCUCCCGGGAAAAACUUCUGGACCGAGUCAUCCACCAUGCUGAACUCAUCUAUCGGGUCUCAGAAGAACUGUGUACUUUGUUUGAGGAUAUGUUCAUUCCAUUUCCUUUGAGGCUCCAGAGUAACCAGGCUGGUUAUGCAUGCAUCACCAAAGCACUACCCAUCCCCAGCUCGAAAAGUGAAAUUGAACAAAUAUCUGACAAUUGGUUACUCCAGUCUGUGUUGAUGCUGGUUCAAUCUUGGAUCGAGCCGUUGGUUUACCUGCAGAUGGCGUUGGAUCGCUACGAUCAUGCUCCUGAGGUGUUGAUCAACAAAACAAAGUGGGUGUCGGAGAAAAUCAUGAGUCUGGAGCAAGGAGUGUUUGUUCUCAUCAAGAAGAUGUUGGAUGAGGGGAUGAUGACCACGGCUUACAGUGAUCCAGGUGUUUUACAAAAUGGUGUUCAACCAGAGGAGCUGGAAUCCAUUAUGAAAGACUACACCUUACUCAGCUGCUUCAAGAAAGAUGCCCAUAAGAUGGAGACUUUCCUCAAGCUACUGAAGUGUCGUCAAUCUGACAAAUACAACUGUGCAUAAAACAUAAAGUGCAGCUUUUAAAAAAUGCAGUGUUUAGCUUUAAAUUAAUUCCUGAGGUUGGUAGUGUGCACUUAAAGAUAGGACCAUGCCUUGGGCAGUUCAGCCUUGCUUGCGAUGCAGUGCGUUUCUUAUUGAUUGUUUUGGAACACCUUCACACAAAACUAAGUAGGUGUAAUGCUGUACCCUUUCUCAGCCACGUACUGCAUUUUAUUUAUAUAUGUUUGUUUGUUGUUGUUUUUUUCUCCCCAUGCUUGGUUGUUAUUUUAACCUGGCAAAGGCAACGGAAGGCACGGCACAGUCCCAAAAGAUUAUUUGCGUGUCGAGCUGUCAAAGAAAUCUGCAUAUCCUGCCAUUGAUUUCCAUUUCCUUUGUUCUUAACAGAGUUGGUAUUUCUUGCUGGCUCUGGCAGUGUUUUGAUUAUUCCUCGU